AUGGGCCUGCUCAGGGGCCUCCUCGGCGCCAGGAACCUGUUGCUCGUCAUCUUCGUGCCGCUGUUGCUGCUGCCACUGCCCGUGCUCCACCCCAGCAGCGAGGCUGCAUGCGCUUACGUGCUGAUCGUGACCGCCGUGUACUGGGUGUCCGAGGCCGUGCCUCUCGGAGCGGCAGCCCUGGUGCCCGCCUUCCUCUACCCGUUCUUCGGAGUCCUCCGAUCCAGCGAGGUGGCCGCUGAGUACUUCAAGAACACCACGCUGCUGCUGGUGGGCGUCAUCUGCGUGGCGGCUGCCGUGGAGAAGUGGAACCUGCACAAGCGCAUCGCUCUGCGCAUGGUCCUGAUGGCCGGAGCCAAGCCGGGCAUGCUGCUGCUCUGCUUCAUGUGCUGCACCACAAUGCUCUCCAUGUGGCUCUCCAACACGUCCACCACCGCCAUGGUGAUGCCCAUCGUGGAGGCCGUGCUGCAGGAGCUGGUCAGUGCCGAGGAGGAGCAGCUCGUGGCUGGCAACUCCAGCGCCGAAGAGGCCGAGCCCAUCAGUCUUGAUGUAAACAACAGCCAACCCUCUCUGGAACUCAUCUUUGUCAAUGAAGACCCGUCGACUGCAGACUUCGCCUCUCUGAUGCAGAACAAGAACCUGAAUGGUGUGCCCACAGUCACCAACCCAGUCAAAACAGCAAAUCCCCAGGGCAAGAAGCAGCACCGAUCCCAGGAAAAGCCACUAGUCCUGAUCCCCGGCCCCAGGAACCAGGAGCUCAACAGAAAGUACAAGUCCCAGCAUGACCAGAUGAUCUGCAAGUGCCUGUCUCUGAGCAUAUCUUAUGCUGCUACCAUUGGGGGCCUGACCACCAUCAUUGGCACGUCUACCAGCCUCAUUUUCUUGGAACACUUCAACAACCAGUAUCCAGCUGCAGAGGUGGUCAACUUUGGCACCUGGUUCCUCUUCAGCUUUCCCAUCUCCCUCAUCAUGCUGGUGGUCAGCUGGUUCUGGAUGCACUGGCUGUUCCUGGGCUGCAACUUUAGAGAGACCUGCUCUCUAAGCAAGAAGAAGAAGACCAAAAGGGAAGAGCUGUCAGAGAAGAGAAUCCAAGAGGAAUAUGAAAAGCUGGGAGCCAUUAGCUACCCUGAAAUGGUAACUGGAUUUUUCUUCAUCCUGAUGACCGUGCUGUGGUUUACCCGGGAGCCUGGCUUUGUUCCUGGCUGGGAUUCUUUCUUUGAGAAGAAGGGCUACCGCACCGAUGCCACGGUCUCUGUUUUCCUCGGCUUCCUCCUCUUCCUGAUUCCAGCAAAGAAGCCUUGCUUUGGGAAGAAGAGUGAUGGGCAGAGCCAGGAGCCCUCCCUGGGGACAGAGCCCAUCAUUACAUGGAAGGACUUCCAGAAGACCAUGCCCUGGGAGAUUGUCAUUCUGGUGGGAGGAGGCUAUGCUCUGGCCUCUGGCAGCAAGAGCUCUGGCCUCUCCACAUGGAUUGGACACCAGAUGUUGUCUCUGAGUGGCCUCCCACCGUGGGCUGUCACCCUGUUGGCAUGCAUCCUGGUGUCCAUUGUCACAGAGUUUGUGAGCAACCCAGCCACCAUCACCAUCUUCCUGCCCAUCCUAUGCAGCCUGUCUGAAACGCUGCACAUUAAUCCACUCUACACUCUGAUCCCAGUCACCAUGUGCAUCUCCUUUGCAGUGAUGCUGCCUGUGGGCAAUCCCCCCAACGCCAUCGUCUUCAGCUAUGGGCAUUGCCAGAUCAAAGAUAUGGUGAAAGCUGGCCUAGGGGUCAAUGUCAUUGGCCUAGUAAUCGUGAUGGUGGCCAUCAACACAUGGGGAGUUAGCCUCUUCCACUUGGACACUUUUCCAGCCUGGGUGAGGGUCAGUAAUAUCACUGACCAGGCCUAACACAAGUGGGCAAACGGCCCGAGCGAAGGAGCUGCCAAGCACCUAACAGAGGCUGACCAACAGGCCGAGAGCCGCCAGGACGAGCGACCAACUGACACCAGAAGAUCCUGGAAGAUCCUGCUGUCCGUCGCCUCAAGUGCAGCAAGCCUCCGACAACCUGAACACAUGCUUGGAUGUUAGUGCCCUCUUCCCUGCCCUCCGUCCUUAGCACCACCCACGUUAGUACCUGUUUUUGCCAACGGAAAGAAAUCUCAGGAGGAUCUCCAGGUUUCUGAGAAAAGUCUGCAUAGCAUUCAGCGCUGAUUUUGCAGCGAGCUGGUAGAAGAGCAGUGCACAGCCUGAGUGCCAGCGUGGUGCCACCACGCCCCCUCCUGGGAAGCCACACCCAGCAUCCCAGAGGCAACCUACCAGAGCCAUCAACUCUGCCUGGGAGCGGUGCUUUGUUGAUUUUGUGCAGGGUUAGCGAGAUGUGCCCCAAGGUAUUAGAGAAGCCAGAGAGAGGUUCCUCUUUGGGUCUGGGAAUGCUCUUUGCUCAAUGCCAUUUCAGCUUACGGAAGGUUUCAUAGGAAUGCUCUACCUUUGCGUAGCUGGGGCGGGGGGGGGGGGGGGGGGGGGGACACCUGUCUCUCUCAUCACCUACCACUCAUCAUCGAUACCACUGCAUUGGUUCUGUCCGGAGGGAGAAAAGAACUGUCGUACCUGUCUUACUCAUGAGGCCAAAGCUAGGAUUCGGACCACAGUACUAUUCAUGGUGUCCGACUAGCUUUCUUCCGGAUGUAAUGAGGAGUUCAUGCCUGAGAAGACAAGUACAGAAGGUUCCAAACACAUCAGUCGCUUUCUACAAGUCAGUAACCCCUUGAGGGGAGAGAAGAUGUCUUCUGUUCCUUAAAGUUUCCAGCAACUUAUACAAUAAACUAACUAAAUGUUGCCCGUGAGAAAAAUCACUCUGGAAAUUAAGGCCUCCUGAAAACCCUGCAUUUUCUCCACAGCAGGUGUCCUCGCUAUAUGACUGGAUGUAGCUCCCAACAACCCUGGCUUGUAAGCAAUACAUAUUUCUGAUUUCCACCACCAGUUCCUUGCUAAAUAGGUCUUAUUGGAAAAGGAAUACCCCACAGUUACUACAUUCUUGUAAUUGAUUUUAAGUUACUAUUGAUAGCAUGGGCAGUCUUCCCACAACUUAUCAAUAAAGUCAUUCCCUUAGUUUAUCAAGUA